AUUAUUUACUUUGAAAUUUCUAUAAAAGUAUGUAAUAAUAAUUUAAUAAUAUGUUCAUGUAAUUUUAUGAUAAUUUUUAACCUGUUUUAAAGAUGGCAAAGACGCUUUCCUGGGACGAUGUUAAGUGGAGAUCUUCUAUACGAGUUUUCGCCUCAAUUUUAAAAUAUCACAUUUUCUUAACCUUUUCUAUAACAAUUUUUAACCUCAUACUGUUUAACAUCUUCAGAUUCCUCAUUUCCUCCAACAGAUCACCUUUACUUAAUAUAUGGAAUUCAUUCUUUAAUCUGAUUCCAUCGUUCUUUUUUUUACUUCUCUUUCUCUCUUUCAGACAUAUCUCAUUCAAAGGAAGUUUCGUUCGUUCACUUUAUUUGGACUUUUGUUCAUUUAUUUCAAACUUUUUAAUGGUUUUCGCAGUGAUUUUAACUGCAAACACAUUGAUUAAAAUCAAAAUCACCGAACCAAGACUUUUCUUCGUACUCUUAGGAUGUUUUUUGAAUUAUUUGAAAGUUCGUAAACAAAAUACUGAUGUGUGUAAAGUCUUGGAUAAACAGAACUUAACGACUGUGUACCUGCGUUCAUAUUUCUUCCAGAGCUUUUUUAACUCACUUUUAUCGUAUUUUGUCACUUUGGUAUUCUUUUCCUCUUUAAAGUUCUUGUACUUCUUGACGUCAUUUUUAAGCACAAAUUUCCCCAAUGUCGAGGCCUACAAAUACAGAAACUUCCUCACAUACUUCUGCUACGAUGUUAACGCACUGUUAUCCAAACUCCCUUAUACCACCAAUUACUAUCACUUCUCAUUCAAUUUUUUUGAGGGUUUGGAGUUGUUUUUGUCGCAAGUCUGGAUUCUCUCACUGUCAGACUACUAUUUGGACAAAAUGAGCCUUGAAUCAACACAUAUGGAUUAUUAUAUCAUGAAUUACAUUGAUGAAAUGCCCAUACACAACGUUUCCAACAUUAACGAUGAAAUGUUAUAUGCUAGAGCUGCGUAUAAUUAUACCAAAGGAGUAUCAUAUACACUUAAUAAUUUAAAUAUGAAAUAUGUAUCGAAUCCAGCCUCCAUCAAAUUCCAGAAUGGCUGGGCAUUUGAUGGUUGCAGGCCAGGUUAUCACCCGUUUGAACGGUUGCCCAAUUCAAGAUUCUUUCAAAAAUCAAUGUCAAAUAAUACUUACACACUAGAGGCUAAGAAGGAUAGAUACCAACUUGACCCAGUAGUAUACAAAAUGCUACUGGAUAAGACGAAGAAUUUCUGGUCAAAUUAUGUCCAAUCAUGUCUAGAAACAAUGGAUGAAAGCAGUCAGAACUUGCAUCACUUGAUAGAUUACCCAUUUUCCAGAGAGCAGAAAAUCAAUAUUCUGGAAAACAACAUGCACCAGUUUAACCUACACCAAAAUCAAAUGGGAUUUUACACUUCAUUUCAAUCAUUCCUACUAUAUCUCGCCUCAUACUUCAAGUUCUUUCAUCCCUCAAAAUCACUCUCAAACAAUUUGGUGAACAUGUUGUUGCUGUGUAUAAUAUAUUUAAGAGGAAUAACAUCGUGGUUGUGUAUCGCAAAUAUGAUAGGGCACAAUCAAGAUAGUGUGAAGAUUGUAGCAAAGGACGUGAUAGUACAAUCUUUGAGGAUCCAUAAGGCACUUUCCAACUUAAACCUUACCACAAUACCCUCAUACAUUAAAAGCUACAUCGAAACACUCAAUAACGAUAUUAAUAGCACGUUGAAGCGACUUGCAGUUUAUACUGAAACGCUCAUUUACUCAAAGUUUGACACAAGUUUUGAUACUUAUCGACUCAUGGAACAUCUCUACAAUAAUCGCAGAUUAUCCACAUAA